ACUACUGUAGCCCCUUUGACACAUAUGGAUAAGCAAAAUACGUUGCAAUUUCAUAAACUAAAAACACUUUUAUGCAAACGGAGACAGCUACGUUACAAGUACUGUUAGUAAAUCGCUUGUCUGACGCAUGGAUGUGGGUGGCCCUUUAAGAAUUCUUCGGUCGGAUUGUAAAUCUCGUUGCAGUCUGCUCUGUUCUUAGGAUCUCGCGAUAGCUUCUCCUCAGUGGCGGCUGUGUGGCCCCCUGUCUUAGUCCGGACGGAGUUGUUUCUGACGUUUGAAUGAAAAACAGUGCAAAUUACCUCCACUUUGGACCCAGGAAAUAAUGGCUUCAGCCUUGGAGCAAUUUGUGAACAAUGUGCGGCAGCUCUCCGCUCAAGGCCAGAUGACUCAGCUGUGUGAGUUGAUCAACAAAAGUGGGGAGCUGCUGGCCAAAAAUCUGUCCCACCUGGACACGGUGCUGGGGGCCUUGGACAUCCAGGAGCAUUCCCUGGGCGUGCUGGCUGUGCUAUUUGUGAAGUUCUCCAUGCCAAACAUCCCUGACUUUGAGACGCUCUUCUCCCAAGUUCAGCUCUUCAUCAGUACCUGCAAUGGGGAGCACAUUAGAUAUGCAACAGACACUUUUGCUGGUCUCUGCCACCAGUUGACAAACGCCCUUGUAGAGCGGAAACAGCCAUUGAGGGGUGUCGUUGUCCUAAAACAGGCAAUAGACAAAAUGCAGAUGAACACAAACCAACUUACCUCAGUUCAUGCAGACCUGUGUCAGCUGUGCUUGUUAGCAAAGUGUUUCAAGCCCGCCCUACCCUUCUUGGAGCUGGACAUGAUGGACAUCUGUAAGGAGAACGGAGCCUACGACGCAAAGCACUUUUUAUGUUACUACUACUAUGGUGGCAUGAUCUACACAGGCCUCAAAAACUUCGAAAGAGCACUGUAUUUUUAUGAACAGGCAAUAACCACUCCAGCCAUGGCAGUGAGCCACAUCAUGUUGGAAGCCUAUAAGAAAUACAUCCUGGUCUCACUCAUUCUCCACGGCAAAGUGCAGCAGCUGCCCAAAUACACCUCACAAAUAGUAGGGAGGUUCAUCAAGCCCCUGAGCAACGCAUACCACGAGUUAGCUCAGGUUUACACCACCAACAACCCGGCCGAACUGCGCAACGUGGUCAACAAACACAGCGAGACCUUCACACGAGACAACAACACAGGCCUGGUCAAACAGUGCCUCUCUUCCCUCUACAAGAAGAACAUCCAGAGGCUAACAAAGACCUUCCUGACGCUGUCUUUGCAAGACAUGGCGAGUCGAGUGCAGCUGUCAGGCCCCCAGGAAGCAGAGAAAUACGUCUUACACAUGAUUGAAGAUGGUGAGAUCUACGCUAGCAUUAACCAAAAGGAUGGUAUGGUCUGCUUCCACGACAACCCCGAAAAAUACAACAACCCAGCAAUGCUCCACAAAAUUGACCAAGAGAUGUUGAAAUGUAUAGAGCUGGAUGAGAAACUAAAGUCUAUGGAUCAAGAAAUCACAGUAAACCCACAAUUUGUGCAGAAGAGUAUGGGAUCGCAGGAGGAUGAUGUUGGUAGCAAAACAUCAAGUUAUUCCUGAGGGGCCUUGGACAGGGAGAGAACGCUGCAGCCAGCCCAACACGUUCUUCCCAGGAUGAGUUGGAUUUUUUUAAAAGAGGAAAACAAACAUUCUAUUGCAUAAGGACAUUGGUCAAGGAAAAUCUAAUUGUGUGGAAUGAUGAUAAAUUUGGUUAUUCUUUCUUCACAGUGUCUUAGGGAUAACAAACGAUCCUUACAGAAAAGGAAAAAAGAUUACAAUUUUGUCAGUGUUUUAUUUAUCAAUGUUCAGGUUGGAGCGCCACUGCUACAUUAACAGAAAACACAAUAAUAAAAACUGGACUUAUUUGUUCCAAACAUAUGUGUGAAUAAUCUCACUGUUUGUUUUGGUUCUGCUGCAUGAUGGCCGUGACUAGAGGGUAUUACAUAUGAAGUAGUACAUCUAUGGCUGGCGAGGAAUAAAUCUGAAUAUAUUCUACAUUUGUAAAGACCACAAUGAUCGUUUCCCUCUCACUCCUUUUGGUUAGAAUGUAGAUAUCAUCAAUAGCAAAUCUGUACACACAGACAUGCCCUUGACCAAACUCGGCACAAUGGAGGAGUCGUUCACAAUCUGGUGCACUGUUUUGUUUUUUGGUUUGUUUUUUUUCCCUUUUCUUUUUUUUUGGUUUGUUUUUUAGGUCGGAUCCACGAGAGGUCGCUAGAGCACUGUACAGAAAAUCGUUUUGACAGGUUGUUAUUACAAGAGGUGAAGUCAACAGAUGAAACCAAACUGUCAUGUCAUUUGGGAGCUUGAGCUUUGCGAUUGUGGAUCUGUUAUAAUAAAUUGUUUAAGAAUAUA